AUUGUUUUCAGUUUCUAUCCCAUUUGUUUAUACAAUAUACAGUAGUUAAAAAGAAGUUUGGCGGAUUUAGUUUGGUUUGGCAGCUAGUAGUAUAAAAUAUAGUAGUAGUAGUACUACAGUAUUUAUUAUGAUACAGUGACUCAGUGAGUUCAAUCGCAUUAAACAAAGAAAUAAUAAUACGGAGAAGAUGGAAAUUGAUUUCUAUGGGUUUCCGUCAACGUCGCUGAAAUUAAUUGGGUUCUCUUCAAUCCUACGCCAUUUGCCAUGUGACUCUUUUCUCGGUUUCUGAGCUCCAUCCCAUCCCUAGUUAGCCACCAACUCCCAGAUUCCUCUCUCUCUCUCUAAAUUCUAAAUCCAAUGGCGAUAUCAGCAUCCCUACUCCAUCCUGGAAGCUUCACAACUCUCUCUCCUAUCACAAGCCAGUAACAUUUAUAUAUCUCUCUCCUAUUAUUCUGCUCAUUUAUAUAUUAUUAUUUUACUAUUUCCAUAUAUCUAUCUACAGUAGUAUUAUACUUGUACAUGUGUGUUGGUCUGCUUGCCAAUUUCAAGAACAUGCCUGCUUUAACUCUCCAUAUUCAUAUUAUUCUACUUUUAGCUUCUUAUUAAUUUCAAUCAACUGCUUUUCAUUUUAUUUAUUUAUUUAUUUUUUCGUUCUCCUUUUAAUUAGCUGUUACUGCCCAAAUAGUUUUGGGAUUUUUUUUUUUUUUUUUUCCUCCUUUUCAAUUUCCACAGUUUCGCAUUGGUGUAAAAUGUAGAAUUUCUGUGAUGAUGAAUUUAUUAUAUGUAGGAUGUUAUAUAGGAAACUAGUCCCCUGCAACAACAAUGGGGUGUGUAUCUUCCAUACACAUAGUUGGAAGCAAGAAAAAGAAGACUGUCCCCCAAGUCGCUGUUUUUGUCACACCAAUGCGUCUUCCCGCACAAUCUGAUCUUCAAACCACACUCAGAGGUCUCAUUCCCAGACAUCUGGCUGAUCGAAUCAUAUCACUUCGCAAUCAGAUUGUAUUAGUCGCACAGGACACUGAUGGAUCCGCUGUUACCGAAUUAAUACGAGCACUAGAAGAGUAUUUGUCUCUUCUACUUGGCCUCACUAAGAAAGAACAUGGUCUCCAGAAUUUGGUAGAAUUCAAAUGGAAAACUUUGGAUGGACAACAAGAAAUCUGUGUAGCAAACUCCUGGUUUGAAUUACUAUCUGUUAUCCACUUGAUGGCUAUGUUGACAUUGACCGAGGCAAAUUCAAUGCUUAUUCCAAAGGAUCACCCUGAUUCUUGUGAAAGGGUAGUAUCUGCGGAUUGCAUGAGGGAUGCUGUUGAUUUAUUGCUGAAGGCAUCCGGGUACUUGGAAUUCUGUAUUCGGCAUGUUCUUGUUCGCUUACCAUCUGAUAUCAAGGGGAGGUUGCCAAAAGAUUUGCAUGAAGGUGUAUUGGAAGCUAUUUCUAUUCAAGCAUUAGGCCAGGGAACUGAAAUGCAGCUUAGCUUAGCUGUUGGGAGUCAAAAUGUUAAUUUAUCUGUGAAGAGGAGGCUGGCAUGUGAACAACUGAGCUAUUUUGGGAAGGCUCAUUACGGCUUGUCCGGAUGCAACAACGAUAACGGAUAUGUAAAGAAGCAUCUGUUGUUCAUCAAGUGGAAGUACCUUGAAGCAAAGGCUGCAGCUUACUACUAUCACGGUCUGAUCCUUGACAAGGGUACUGAACCGUCCUGUCACGUCAGUGCUGUUUGUUGUUUUCUUGCCGCAGAAGAACUUCUCUCGGAGAGCAAGAAGACCUGUUUAAACUUUUGUGUUGCAGUUCCUGUGACCAGGGCUCCUCCACCCUGGGGUGCUAUGAAGUAUUUAAAAAAGAAAAUUCCUGAAGUUGCAUCUAGGAAAUCUCAAAUGUAUGGCUACCUUUUGGACCAAGAGAAGGGUCUCCAAGACUUGCCCGAUCUUCCAGAAUUCCAGCUGUCCUUGAGACCUGAUGACUAUGAAUUGCCUGAGAUGGAUUCAGCAUGGGAUAGCGAAAAAUGGGAAAUCCCAGGACAACCCCUCAAAGAGCACCUUAAAGAUUGCGAAGAUGAGAUGGAAAAUGAAUGACAAACAAUAUGGCCUCACUCUUUUCUAGCUCUCCCGCCCCAGACGAACUCUAAAAUUUCACCUGGUUGAGCUGACUGAACUUUCACAAUACAAGCUAAAAUGUAUUACUAGUACAAGAUGAAGAAGCAGUUGGUAUUUUGCAUUUUGUAUUUUCCAGUCUCUAAAUUUUAUAUCUUGAGAUUUUCUGUUCAAAGUGAUGUCCUUACUGCACAGCCCUGUCAAUAUUAAUUAUUAAAAUCAAGGGAUGCUUAAAUUCCGUA